CCGGUUUCCGGGGCCGCUGGUGUGACGUGUCCUGAGCUUGGCGCAGCAGGAAGCGGCGGUGAUCGCGGCCUGAGUUCCCGGCGGCGGCCCCGGCUCCUUUCCCGCUGCCGCCAUGCUCGACUUCUUUACCAUUUUCUCCAAAGGCGGGCUCGUGCUCUGGUGCUUCCAGGGCGUGAGCGACUCAUGCACCGGGCCGGUUAACGCGUUGAUUCGUUCCGUGCUGCUGCAGGAAAGGGGAGGUAACAACUCCUUCACCCAUGAGGCACUCACACUCAAGUAUAAACUGGACAACCAGUUUGAGCUGGUGUUUGUGGUUGGUUUUCAGAAGAUCCUAACACUGACCUAUGUAGACAAGUUGAUAGAUGAUGUGCACCGGCUGUUUCGGGACAAGUACCGCACUGAGAUUCAACAGCAAAGUGCUUUAAGUCUAUUGAAUGGCACUUUUGAUUUCCAAAAUGACUUUCUGCGGCUCCUUCGCGAAGCAGAGGAGAGCAGUAAGAUCCGUGCUCCUACUACCAUGAAGAAAUUUGAAGAUUCUGAAAAGUCCAAAAAACCUGUGAGGUCCAUGAUUGAGACACGGGGUGAAAAGCCCAAGGAAAAAGCAAAGAACAGCAAAAAAAAGGGGGCCAAGAAAGAGGGUGAGUUUGAAACGUCACAGCCUUGGGUAUCCCGGGCAUGGAAGUUGUUCAGACGGUGCUGGAGUGGUUCCCUCUUCCUUUCUUUGGUCUUGCUUGCCUCCCUCGAUCAGGGGCCCGCCACCCUCACCGUGGUCUCCAAUCUUUGUGAUCUCCAGGAUGUUUGCUUUUACAUGAUUUGGAAAGCUGUUUCCCAUCUGUCUAUUUUGUUGGAAUUUGGUACUUUUUUUUUUCCUCAGUCAGUUGUCUCCUUGACAGGUUCUGAUGGCCCUUUGGCUACCAGCAAAGCAGUCCCCACAGAAAAGUCAGGUGUCCCAGUGGGGCCUGAGAAUGGGGUGGAACUUUCCAAAGAGGAACUGAUCCGUAGGAAGCGAGAAGAGUUCAUUCAGAAGCAUGGGAGGGGUGUGGAGAAGUCGGGCAAGUCCACAAAGUCAGAUGCUCCCAAGGAGAAAGGCAAAAAAGCACCCCGUGUGUGGGCACUGGGUGGCUCUGCUAACAAGGAAGUCUUGGACUACAGUACUCCCACCACCAAUGGAGCCCCCGAGGCGGCCCCGCCUGAGGACAUCAACUUGAUUCGAGGGACUGGGCCUGGAGGCCAGCUUCAGGAUUUGGACUGCAGCAGCUCAGAUGAUGAAGGGGCCACCCAAAACUCCACCAAACCUAGUUCUACCAAAGGGACUCUGGGUGGCAUGUUUGGGAUGCUGAAGGGCCUUGUGGGUUCCAAGAGCUUGAGUCGAGAAGACAUGGAAUCUGUGCUGGAUAAGAUGCGUGACCAUCUCAUUGCUAAGAAUGUGGCAGCAGACAUUGCAGUCCAGCUCUGUGAAUCUGUGGCCAGCAAGUUGGAAGGGAAGGUGAUGGGGACCUUCAGCACGGUGACUUCCACAGUAAAGCAAGCUCUGCAGGAGUCCCUGGUGCAGAUUCUGCAGCCACAGCGCCGUGUAGACAUGCUGCGGGACAUCAUGGAUGCCCAGCGUCAUCAGCGCCCCUAUGUGGUCACUUUCUGUGGUGUUAAUGGAGUGGGGAAGUCUACAAAUCUUGCCAAGAUUUCCUUCUGGCUGCUGGAGAAUGGCUUCAGUGUCCUCAUAGCUGCCUGUGAUACAUUUCGUGCUGGGGCCGUGGAGCAGCUGCGGACACACACCCGGCGCCUGAGUGCCCUGCACCCCCCAGAGAAUCAUGGUGGCCGCACCAUGGUGCAGUUGUUUGAGAAGGGUUAUGGCAAGGAUGCUGCCGGCAUUGCCAUGGAAGCUAUUGCCUUUGCUCGUAACCAAGGCUUUGAUGUGGUGCUGGUGGACACAGCUGGCCGAAUGCAAGACAAUGCCCCUCUGAUGACCGCCCUGGCCAAGCUCAUUACUGUCAACACACCUGACCUGGUGCUGUUUGUGGGGGAGGCUUUAGUAGGCAAUGAGGCUGUGGACCAGCUGGUCAAGUUCAACAGAGCUUUGGCUGACCAUUCCAUGGCUCAGACGCCUCGGCUCAUUGAUGGCAUUGUGCUUACCAAAUUUGAUACCAUUGAUGACAAGGUGGGAGCUGCUAUUUCCAUGACCUACAUCACAAGCAAACCCAUCGUCUUUGUGGGCACUGGCCAGACCUACUGUGACCUACGCAGUCUUAACGCCAAGGCUGUGGUGGCUGCCCUCAUGAAGGCUUAAAGUGGCUCUUGCUGAAUACCAAAAUCACCGCUUCCCUCCAAAGCCCCCAUCCCUGUAUCAAGAAUGUGCUUUAGAGUAUGUGAGCAACUUGUCUUCAGUGUAGUUUAAAGGCAGAGUGAGGGGAGCAUUGGGGACUUGCAGCCCUGACCCCACUCCCCGUUCAGCCGAGCCUCCAUCUGCAAGGAGGGCCUAAUCAUGUUACAGUCACUGCCCACUACCUGCACCCCCCGGGACCUCUCCGUUCCUGCUCAGGCACCCCUUUACUCUGUCUACGGACUUGGUCUCGUGACAGUUUUGACCUGGUUAGAACAUCCAACACCAGAGCUUUGCCGCAUAGUGUGGUCAUGGGGCUGUCUGAGCAGUUUCCAGUUUUCCAGCUUUCAGAGCCAGCUCUUAGGUCUCAAGUGGCACCUCUCCCUAGGAUAUACAGCUUUCAGGUCCCUGGGACCAGGAUGACACCCCCCACACUGUGGCAGUGUAUGGCCUAUUCUUAAUUGCUGCUAAUAUGAUAAUGACCCUGCCCCAUUUCCCUGAAGCAUCAGCUAGGCCAGAGUGAUGUGUUACAGUGAAAGAGGAGUCCCCACUUCCCUUAGAAACAGAGGGAGCUGAGCUGCAGUGCUGCACCAGGCUUCUCAGUCUCCAAAGCCUCCCACUCCCAAAUCAGACGUAACUUUGCAUGUUCCCCUUCCUGGAAGAAAACUGUCAGAAGGGGAUACACGUUGCCCCUGCCCCUCUUCAUUCAAGCAGAUCCUGGCUUCUCAUCCUCCUCCACAGUGCCUGGUAGACAAGUGCUACGCUGAAGAAUACAGACCUUGUUAAGACUUGUCCUGUAGCUUGGUAUUACAGAUGUGCUAUUAGUGCAAUAAGGUGAAGGCCGUCUGCCCAGAGAAAUAAUUUAUAUAAGAAAAUAAAUUUCAUAAAUAAAUUGCC